AUGGCAUUUGCACCGCCCGCGCCCAGCCCCACCGUGGUGGACCAGACCACCCUCAUGAAGAAAUACUUGCAGUUUGUGGCGGCGCUCACAGACAACAACACACCUGAUGAGACCAAGCUGAAGAUGAUGCAGGAGGUUAGCGAGAAUUUUGAGAACGUGACCUCCUCGCCUCAGUACUCCACCUUUCUGGAGCACAUUAUUCCACGCUUCCUUACAUUCCUUCAGGAUGGAGAGGUGCAGUUCUUGCAGGAGAAGCCGGCUCAGCAACUGAGGAAACUGGUCUUAGAGAUCAUCCACCGCAUCCCCACCAACGAGCACCUGCGACCGCACACCAAGAAUAUUCUGUCUGUCAUGUUCCGCUUCCUGGAGAUCGAGAACGAAGAGAACGUUCUUAUAUGUCUGCGUAUCAUCAUUGAGUUGCACAAGCAGUUCCGCCCGCCCAUCACCCAAGAGAUUCAUCAUUUCCUUGACUUUGUGAAGCAGAUUUACAAGGACUUGCCCAAAGUGGUGGCGCGUUACUUCGAGAACCCGCAGGUGAUUGCCGAGAACACGGUUCCCCUGCCGGAGAUGGUGGGCAUGAUCACGUCGGUGGUGGUGAAGACGGCACCCGAGAGGGAGGACAGCGAGACCCGCACGCAUACCAUCAUCCCACGGGGGUCCCUGUCGCUUAAGGUGCUGGCAGAGCUGCCCAUCAUCGUGGUGCUCAUGUACCAGCUGUACAAACUCAACAUCCACAACGUGGUGUCCGAGUUCGUCCCGCUGAUCAUGACUACCAUCAUGUUGCAGGUGUCUGCACAGGCCAGGCAGCACAAGCUGUACAAUAAGGAACUCUACGCGGACUUCAUCGCCGCCCAGAUCAAGACCUUGUCCUUCUUGGCCUACAUCAUCCGCAUUUAUCAGGACUUGGUGAGCAAGUACUCGCAGCAGAUGGUGAAGGGGAUGCUGCAGCUGCUUUCAAACUGCCCGUCUGAGACCGCCCACCUGCGCAAGGAGCUGCUGAUCGCCGCCAAGCACAUCCUGACCACAGACCUGCGCAGCCAGUUCAUUCCCUGCAUGGAUAAGCUGUUUGACGAGUCCAUCCUGAUUGGCUCCGGUUACACCGCGCGGGAGACUCUGCGGCCACUGGCCUACAGCACGCUGGCUGACCUUGUGCAUCACGUCCGGCAAAAUCUGCCCCUCGCCGACCUGUCUCUCGCCGUCCAGCUCUUCGCCAAGAAUAUCGACGACGAAUCGUUGCCUAGCAACAUCCAGACCAUGUCCUGCAAGCUGCUCCUGAACCUGGUGGACUGCAUCCGCUCCAAGAGCGAGCAGGAGAAUGGCAACGGUCGUGACAUUCUCAUGCGCAUGCUGGAGGUGUUCGUGUUGAAGUUCCACACGAUCGCUCGUUACCAGCUGGUCAACAUCUUUAAGAAGUGUAAGCCCCAAUCAGAGAUGGGUGUGGUGGACACGGGGGUCUUGCCAGGAGUCCCUGCUACCCCCACUGCCAGCACGCCUGCCCUGCCACCAAGCACACCCCUUACCCCUGCUACACCAGCCCCAACCCCCGUGGCCUCCCUGGAUCGUCCGGGGGAUAAGGAGAAAGAGGACAAGCAGACGUUCCAGGUGUCAGAUUGCCGCAGCCUGGUGAAGACGCUGGUGUGCGGCGUGAAGACCAUCACGUGGGGUAUCACAUCCUGCAAAGCCCCGGGAGAAGCUCAGUUCAUCCCCAACAAGCAGCUACAACCGAAGGAGACCCAGAUCUACAUCAAGCUGGUGAAGUAUGCCAUGCAGGCCUUGGACAUAUACCAGGUGCAAAUUGCGGGUAACGGGCAGACCUACGUCCGCGUGGCCAACUGCCAGACGGUGCGGAUGAAGGAGGAGAAGGAGGUCCUGGAACACUUUGCCGGGGUCUUCACCAUGAUGAACCCCCUGACCUUCAAAGAGAUCUUCCAGACCACAGUGCCCUAUAUGGUGGAGCGGAUCUCCAAAAACUAUGCACUGCAGAUUGUGGCAAAUUCCUUCCUGGCAAACUUGUCGACUUCGGCGCUCUUUGCCACUAUCCUGGUGGAGUACCUGCUGGAACGCUUGCCAGAGAUGGGCUCCAACGUGGAGCUGUCGAACCUCUACCUCAAACUCUUCAAGCUGGUCUUCGGCUCCGUCUCGCUGUUCGCUGCCGAGAAUGAACAGAUGCUCAAGCCGCACCUGCAUAAGAUUGUCAACAGCUCGAUGGAGCUGGCCCAGUCGGCCAAAGAGCCCUACAACUACUUCCUGCUUCUGCGUGCACUCUUCCGCUCCAUUGGGGGUGGCAGCCACGACCUGCUUUACCAGGAGUUCCUGCCUCUCUUGCCUAACCUCCUGCAAGGACUUAACAUGCUGCAGAGUGGCCUGCACAAGCAGCACAUGAAGGACCUGUUCGUGGAGCUGUGCUUGACGGUGCCUGUUCGGCUCAGCUCGCUGCUGCCCUACCUGCCCAUGCUCAUGGACCCCCUGGUGUCGGCGCUGAAUGGCUCCCAGACCUUGGUCAGCCAGGGCUUGCGUACGCUGGAGCUCUGUGUGGACAAUCUGCAGCCCGAUUUCCUCUACGAUCACAUCCAGCCAGUCCGUGCUGAGCUGAUGCAGGCGCUGUGGCGCACCCUGAGGAACCCGGUAGAAAGCAUCUCUCACGUGGCGUACCGCGUGCUGGGCAAGUUCGGCGGCAGCAACCGCAAGAUGCUGAAGGAGAGCCAGCGGCUGCAGUAUGUGGUGACGGAGGUACAGGGUCCCAGCAUCACUGCCGAGUUUACGGACUGCAAGGCCUCCAUCCAGCUCCCCAUGGAGAAGGCUAUCGAGACGGCUCUAGACUGCCUGAAGAGUGCCAACACAGAGCCCUACUACAGACGCCAAGCCUGGGAAGUCAUCAAGUGUUUCUUGGUUGCCAUGACUAGCCUGGAAGACAACAAGCAUGCGCUUUACCAGCUACUGGCCCACCCCAACUUCACGGAGAAGUGGAUCCCCAACGUGAUCAUCUCGCACCGCUACAAGGCCCAGGACACUCCAGCGCGACGCACGUUCGAGCAGGCGCUGACUGGGGCCUUUAUGUCUGCUGUCAUCAAGGACCUACGACCCAGUGCCCUGCCCUUUGUGGCCAGCCUUAUUCGGCACUACACCAUGGUUGCUGUGGCCCAGCAGUGCGGUCCGUUCUUGCUCCCGUGCUACCAAUCGGGGAGCCAGCCUAGCACGGCCAUGUUCCACAGCGAGGAGAAUGGAUCCAAGGGUAUGGACCCGCUGGUGCUGAUCGAUGCCAUUGCUAUCUGCAUGGCCUAUGAAGAGAAGGAGCUCUGCAAGAUUGGGGAGGUGGCCCUGGCUGUUAUUUUUGACGUGGCCAGCAUCAUCCUGGGAUCCAAGGAGAGGGCCUGCCAGCUGCCACUGUUCUCCUACAUCGUCGAGCGUCUCUGUGCCUGCUGCUACGAGCAGGCUUGGUAUGCCAAGCUGGGCGGCGUGGUGUCCAUCAAGUUCCUCAUGGAGAGGCUACCACUCAUCUGGGUCCUACAGAACCAGCUGACGUUUCUGAAAGCGCUGCUCUUCGUUAUGAUGGACCUCACUGGCGAGGUGUCGAACGGCGCGGUCGCCAUGGCCAAGACCACGCUGGAGCAGCUGUUGGUGCGGUGUGCCACGCCUCUGAAGGACGAAGAGCGGAGCGAGGAGCUGCUGGCUGCCCAGGAUAAGUCCUUUCAUAUGGUGGUGCACGACCUGGUGCGUGAGGUGACCUCACCCAACCCCACGGUCCGGAAGCAGGCCAUGCACUCGCUGCAGGUGCUCGCGCAGGUCACGGGCAAGAGUGUCACUGUCAUCAUGGAACCGCACAAGGAGGUACUACAAGACAUGGUUCCACCCAAGAAGCAUCUUCUGCGUCACCAACCAGCUAACGCCCAGAUCGGAUUAAUGGAGGGAAAUACCUUUUGCACCACGCUUCAACCACGCCUCUUCACCAUGGACCUUAACGUCAUGGAGCACAAGGUCUUCUACACAGAGCUGCUGAAUCUGUGUGAGGCUGAAGAUGCUGGCUUGAUGAAGCUCGCCUGUUACAAGAGUCUGCCAUCUUUAGUGCCGCUGCGGAUCGCCGCCCUGAAUGCUCUGGCCGCCUGUAACUACCUACCCCAGUCUAGGGAGAAGAUCAUUGCUGCUCUCUUCAAAGCACUCAACUCCACCAAUGCUGAGCUGCAGGAGGCCGGUGAGGCCUGUAUGCGCAAGUUCCUGGAAGGGGCCACCAUCGAGGUGGAUCAGAUCCAUACCCAUAUGCGCCCCCUGCUGAUGAUGCUGGGGGACUACCGCAGCCUGACCCUCAACGUGGUCAACCGCCUCACGUCCGUAACACGCCUCUUCCCCAACUCCUUCAACGACAAGUUCUGUGACCAGAUGAUGCAACACCUGCGGAAGUGGAUGGAGGUGGUGGUGAUCACACACAAGGGCGGGCAGCGCAGCGACGGCAGUCCGGCCGCGGACAGCCUCGAGGAGAUGAAGAUUUGUUCAGCCAUCAUCAACCUUUUCCACCUCAUUCCGGCCGCACCCCAAACCCUGGUGAAACCCUUGCUGGAAGUGGUGAUGAAGACAGAGCGAGCUAUGCUCAUUGAGGCCGGAAGCCCUUUCAGAGAGCCCCUGAUUCGGUUCCUGACGCGUCAUCCAUCCCAGACGGUGGAGCUGUUUAUGAUGGAGGCCACCCUCAACGACCCCCAGUGGAGCCGCAUGUUCAUGAGCUUCUUGAAACACAAAGAUGCCAAACCUCUACGGGAUGUUCUGGCUUCGAACCCAAGCCGCUUCUUGCCUCUGCUGGUCCCCGCCGGGCCGACUGCCACGGCCCGACCCGGCUCCCCAUCCACCAGCACCGCCCGGCUGGACCUUCAGUUCCAAGCCAUCAAGAUCAUCAGCAUCAUCGUGAAGCAUGACGAAGCCUGGCUGGCUGGACAGCACUCUCUAGUCGGGCAGCUCCGCCGCGUUUGGGUCAGCGAUGCCUUCCAAGAACGUCACCACAAGGACAACAUGGCCGCCACCAACUGGAAGGAGCCUAAGCUGCUUGCUUACUGCCUGCUCAGUUACUGCAAACGGAACUACACCGAGAUUGAGCUGCUGUUCCAGCUGUUGCGGGCGUUCACUGGACGCUUCCUGUGUAACAUGACCUUCUUGAAGGAAUACAUGGAGGAGGAGAUCCCGAAAAACUACAGCAUCACCCACAAGAGGGCGCUCUUUUUCCGCUUCGUCGAAAUGAACGACCCGCACUUUGGUGACGAGCUGAAGGCUAAGGUUCUGCAACACAUACUCAACCCAGCAUUCCUGUACAGCUUUGAGAAGGGGGAGGGAGAGCAAUUGCUUGGCCCCCCAAACCCAGAGGGUGACAACCCUGAGAGCAUCACCAGUGUCUUCAUCACUAAGGUGCUGGACCCGGAGAAGCAGGCGGACUUGCUGGACUCGCUUCGCAUCUACCUGCUGCAGUUCGCCACGCUGCUGGUGGAACAUGCGCCUCAUCACAUCCACGACAACAACAAGAGCCGCAACAGCAAGCUGCGGCGCCUCAUGACCUUCGCCUGGCCCUGCCUGCUCUCCAAAGCCUGCGUGGACCCGGCCUGCAAGUACAGCGGCCACCUGCUGCUGGCGCACAUCAUCGCCAAGUUCGCCAUCCACAAGAAGAUCGUGCUGCAGGUCUUCCACAGCCUGCUGAAGGCCCACACCAUGGAGGCUCGGGUGGUGGUCAGGCAGGCCAUGGCCAUCCUGACGCCGGCUGUCCCUGCCCGCAUGGAGGACGGCCACCAGAUGCUGACGCACUGGACACGCAAGAUCAUCGUGGAGGAGGGACACACGGUGCCGCAGCUGGUGCAUAUCCUGCACCUCAUCGUGCAGCAUUUCAGGGUGUACUACCCUGUCAGGCACCACCUGGUGCAGCACAUGAUUAGCGCCAUGCAGAGACUGGGCUUCACGCCCAGUGUGACCAUCGAGCAGCGGAAGCUGGCUGUCGACCUGGCCGAAGUCAUCAUCAAGUGGGAGCUGCAGAGGAUCAAGGACCAGCAGUUGGAAUCUGAAGGUGACGCGGGGGCCAGUGGUGAGGGGACCAGCGUGGCGUCUGGGAGUGUCAAACGGGGACUCUCUGUGGAUUCAGGCCAGGAUGUGAAGAGGUUCCGCACCGCCACAGGGGCUGCGGUUGGCACGGUGUUUGGGCGAAGUCAGUCGGCGACGGGGGCGGAGGCUUUGCUGGCGAAGCCUGUGGAGAAGCAGCAUACAGACACCGUGGUCGGCUUCCUCAUCCGCAUCGCUAGCCAGGUGAAUGACAGCACGGGCACGGCGGGGUCCCCCGGGGAGCUCCUGUCCCGCCGCUGCGUGAGCCUGAUGAAGACCGCGCUCCGACCCGACAUGUGGCCGCGAGCUGAGCUCAAGCUGCAGUGGUUCGAUAAGCUGCUGAUGACUGUGGAGCAGCCCGCUCAGGCUAAUUAUGCCAACAUCUGCACGGGGCUAGAGAUCCUCAGCUUCCUUCUGACGGUCCUGCAGUCCCCGGCCAUCCUGGCCCACUUCAAGCCCCUGCAGCGAGGCAUCGCCGCCUGCAUGACCUGCGGCAACACCAAAGUGCUGCGCGCCGUGCACACGCUGCUGUCCCGGCUCAUGAGCAUCUUCCCCACUGAGCCCAGCUCAUCCACCGUUGCCUCCAAGUACGAGGAAUUGGAGUGUCUGUAUGCCGCUGUUGGGAAGGUCAUUUAUGAGGGCCUCACCAACUAUGAGAAGGCCACCAACGCUAAUCCCACACAGCUCUUUGGGACACUAAUGAUUUUGAAGUCGGCCUGUAGCUACAACUCCAGCUACAUUGACCGGCUCAUCUCUGUGUUCAUGCGCUCCUUGCAGAAGAUGGUGAGGGAGCAUCUGAACCCUCAGCCCACUACUGGGGCUACAGAGACAAACACAGUAACUAGUGAACUAGUGAUAUUAAGUCUGGACCUGGUCAAGACACGGCUCUCCGUCAUGAGUCUGGAAAUGAGGAAGAAUUUCAUCCAGGUCAUCCUCACAUCGCUCAUUGAGAAGUCUACUGACGCCAAGAUCCUGCGUGCAGUGGUGAAGAUUGUGGAGGAAUGGGUGAAGAACACUUCUCCUAUGGGCAACCAGGUACCUAAUCCACGAGAGAAGUCUAUCCUACUGGUGAAAAUGAUGACCUAUAUUGAAAAGCGCUUUUCAGACGACCUUGAGUUAAACGCACAGUUUCUGGACCUCGUUAACUAUGUCUACAGAGAUGACAGCCUCUCCGGAAGUGACAUCACAUCCAAGCUGGAGCCAGCGUUCCUCUCUGGCUUGCGCUGCGCUCAGCCACACAUCCGGGCCAAGUUCUUCGAAGUCUUUGACAGCUCCAUGAAACGCCGUGUCUAUGAGCGGCUCCUCUACAUCUGCUGCUCCCAGAACUGGGAAGCGAUGGGCAGCCAUUUCUGGAUCAAGCAGUGCAUCGAGCUUCUCUUGGCGGUGUGUGAGCACAACAGCACUAUCGGCACAAGCUGCCAGGGGGCCAUGCUUCCUGCCAUCACCAACGUCAUCAACCUGGCCGACAGCCACGACCGUGCAGCCUUCGCCAUGGCAACACACAUCAAGCAGGAGCCGCGGGAGAGGGAGAACAGCGAGACUAAGGAGGAGGAUGUAGAGAUUGAUAUCGAGCUUGCUCCUGGAGACCAGACCAGCACCCCUAAAACUAAGGAGCAGGCUGAAAGGGAUGCAGGGAACCAGCUGCACAUGCUUACUAACCGGCACGACAAGUUCCUGGAUUCCCUCAGGGAGGUGAAGACUGGCGCCCUCCUCAAUGCGCUCGUCCAGCUCUGCCACAUAUCCACACCUCUGGCUGAGAAGACCUGGGUGCAACUCUUCCCGAGGCUCUGGAAGAUCCUAUCGGACCGUCAACAGCACGCUCUGGCGGGAGAGAUCAGCCCCUUCCUGUGCAGUGGGAGCCACCAGGUGCAGCGGGACUGCCAGCCCAGCGCGCUCAGCUGCUUCGUGGAGGCCAUGUCCCAGUGCGUGCCUCCCAUUCCCAUACGGCCCUGUGUGCUCAAGUACCUGGGCAAGACGCACAACCUGUGGCUACGCUCUACUCUGAUGCUGGAGCAGCAGGCCUUUGAGAAGGGGCUCAGCCUGCACGCCAAGCCCAAGCACAGCAGCGACUUCUACGAGCAAGAGAGCAUCACGCCUCCGCAGCAGGAGAUUCUGGAUUCCCUGGCAGAGCUGUACUCCCUGCUGCAGGAGGAAGACAUGUGGGCCGGACUGUGGCAGAAACGCUGCAAGUUCCCCGAGACCAGCACCGCCAUUGCCUAUGAACAGCAUGGUUUCUUUGAGCAGGCCCAGGAGACGUACGAAAAAGCCAUGGAGAAGGCACGCAAGGAGCACGAGAGGAACAACGCCCCCCCAGCUGUCUUACCCGAGUACCAGCUGUGGGAGGACCACUGGAUACGCUGCUCCAAGGAACUGAACCAGUGGGAGGCGCUGACUGAGUAUGGCCAGAGCAAAGGUCACAAUAACCCCUAUCUGGUACUUGAGUGUGCCUGGCGAGUUUCUAACUGGGCAGCCAUGAAGGACGCCUUGGGUCAGGUUGAACUAAGCUGCCCCAAAGAGAUGGCUUGGAAGGUGAACAUGCAUCGUGGCUACUUGGCCAUUUGUCAUCCGGAGGAGCAGCAGCUGAACUUCAUUGAGCGGCUGGUGGACAUGGCCAGUAGCCUGGCCAUCCGCGAGUGGAGACGGCUGCCCCACAUAGUGUCCCAUGUCCACACACCCCUGCUGCAGGCUGCUCAGCAGAUCAUUGAGCUGCAAGAGGCCGCUCAGAUCAAUGCGGGUCUGCAGCCACCUAACCUUGGCCGGAACACCAGCUUGCACGACAUGAAGACUGUGGUGAAAACGUGGAGGAACCGGCUGCCCAUUGUUUCUGAUGAUCUGUCACACUGGAGCAGCAUCUUCAUGUGGAGGCAGCAUCACUACCAGGCUAUCGUGACCGCCUAUGAGAGCAGCACUCAGCAUGACCCCAGCUCCAACAACGCCAUGCUCGGCGUCCACGCAUCCGCCUCUGCCAUCAUCCAGUACGGCAAGAUUGCCCGUAAGCAGGGGCUGGUGAACGUGGCACUGGACAUCCUCAGUCGCAUCCACACCAUCCCCACCGUGCCCAUCGUCGACUGCUUCCAGAAGAUCCGUCAGCAGGUCAAGUGCUACCUGCAGCUGGCGGGGAUAAUGGGCAAGAACGAGUGCAUGCAGGGCCUGGAGGUCAUUGAGUCAACCAACCUCAAGUAUUUCACGAAAGAGAUGACAGCUGAGUUCUACGCUCUCAAGGGGAUGUUCCUGGCUCAGGUCAACAAGUCCGAAGAGGCCAACAAGUCGUUCUCAGCUGCAGUGCAGAUGCAUGACGUGCUGGUGAAGGCUUGGGCCAUGUGGGGGGACUACCUCGAGAACAUCUUCGUCAAAGACCGACAGCUGCACCUGGGUGUGUCGGCGAUCACCUGCUACCUGCAUGCCUGCAGGCACCAGAACGAGAGCAAGUCCCGCAAGUACCUGGCCAAGGUGCUGUGGCUGUUGAGUUUUGAUGAUAAGAACACGCUGGCUGAUGCUGUAGAGAAGUACUGCAUUGGUGUCCCACCCAUCCAGUGGCUGGCCUGGAUCCCACAGCUGCUCACCUGCUUGGUGGGCUCAGAAGGCAAGCCACUGCUCAACCUCAUCAGCCAGGUGGGACGCAUGUAUCCCCAAGCGGUUUACUUCCCCAUCAGAACUCUGUACCUGACGCUCAAGAUCGAGCAGCGAGAGCGUUACAAGAGCGACUCUGGCCAGCAGCAGCCCAGCUCAGCAGGAGCUCCAGCCCACUCUGCCCCGGACCCGGGACCGAUACGCGCGACGGCGCCCAUGUGGCGCUGUAGCCGCAUCAUGCACAUGCAGAGGGAGCUGCACCCCACACUGUUGUCCUCGCUUGAAGGAAUCGUGGACCAGAUGGUCUGGUUCCGGGAAAACUGGCACGAGGAGGUCCUGAGACAGCUGCAGCAGGGUCUGGCCAAGUGCUACUCCGUGGCUUUUGAGAAGAGCGGAGCCGUGUCUGACGCUAAGAUCACUCCCCACACUCUGAACUUUGUGAAGAAGCUCGUGAGCACCUUUGGAGUAGGCUUGGAGAAUGUGUCCAACGUGUCCACCAUGUUCAGCAGCGCUGCUUCCGAGUCACUGGCCCGCCGUGCCCAGGCCACCGCUCAGGACCCCGUCUUCCAGAAGAUGAAGGGGCAGUUCACCACAGACUUUGACUUCAGCGUGCCGGGGUCCAUGAAGCUGCACAAUCUCAUCUCAAAGCUGAAGAAAUGGAUCAAGAUUCUGGAAGCCAAGACCAAGCAGUUGCCAAAAUUCUUCCUGAUUGAGGAGAAGUGUCGCUUCCUCAGCAACUUCUCUGCCCAGACGGCAGAGGUGGAGAUCCCUGGAGAGUUCCUCAUGCCCAAACCUACCCAUUACUAUAUCAGGAUUGCGAGGUUCAUGCCACGGGUGGAGAUCGUCCAGAAACACAACACAGCGGCCCGCCGGCUCUACAUCCGUGGCCACAACGGGAAGAUCUACCCAUACUUGGUGAUGAACGACGCGUGUCUGACAGAGUCACGGCGGGAGGAGCGGGUACUCCAGCUGCUCAGGCUCCUUAAUCCCUGUCUGGAGAAAAGGAAGGAGACUACCAAGCGCCACCUCUUCUUUUCAGUGCCCAGGGUUGUGGCAGUGUCCCCUCAGAUGCGACUGGUGCAAGAUAACCCCUCGUCGCUGUCCCUGGUGGAGAUCUACAAGCAGCGUUGUGCUAAGAAGGGAAUCGAGCAUGACAACCCGGUCUCCCGUUACUACGAACGCCUGGCGACCGUACAGGCUCGUGGGACCCAGGCAAGCCACCAGGUUCUGCGGGACAUCCUGAAGGAGGUACAAGGGAACAUGGUCCCGCGUAGCAUGCUUCGCGAGUGGGCCCUGCACACCUUCCCAAAUGCUACGGACUACUGGACCUUCCGCAAGAUGUUCACCAUCCAGCUGGCGCUUAUCGGCCUCGCCGAGUUUGUGCUGCAUUUAAACCGACUCAAUCCUGAGAUGCUGCAGAUUGGGCAGGACACUGGGAAGCUGAAUGUAGCGUAUUUCCGUUUCGAUAUAAAUGAUGCCACGGGUGACCUGGACGCCAACCGGCCGGUUCCCUUCCGCCUGACCCCCAACAUAUCGGAGUUCCUGACCCCCAUCGGCGUGUCGGGCCCCCUCACUGCCUCCAUGAUUGCAGUGGCUCGGUGCUUUGCCCAGCCGAGCUUCAAGGUCGACGGGAUCCUGAAAGCCGUGCUAAGGGACGAGAUCAUCGCCUGGCACAAGAAGACGCAGGAGGACACCUCAGUGCCCCUGUCCCCCGCGGGGCAGCCGGAGAACAUGGACAGCCAGCAGCUGGUGUCCCUGGUCCAGAAGGCCGUCACGGCGAUCAUGUCGCGUCUGCACAACCUGGCUCAGUUCGAAGGGGGCGAGAGCAAGGUCAACACGCUCGUGGCGGCGGCCAACAGCCUGGACAACCUGUGCCGCAUGGACCCCGCCUGGCACCCCUGGCUUUAGACCCCGUCUUUGUAUUUGGCAGAUUUUAGCUGUUGCCGCAAUUAAGUGUUACAAUUUUUAACGUACAAAACGAUUCGCUUCAACAAAGGCAUGCUUCUUGUGUAAGAAAGGCGAGGAACUCAAGCUGUAUAUUUAAACUGGAAUGUGUUUGAAAACGGGAAACGGCGAGUUACUGUAGACCAGUUAGUCUUUGCAUGGAUAUGGUCAUGUGUCAGGAAGUGCUGUCCUUCCUGAACAUGGUCUGAAAAGGCGUCUUUGGUAAUAGAGAUUAGACUGUAUAGCGCUAAGUUUGGAAAACGCAGAGGUGGACAUUUCAGGUCCAGAAAGUAAAAAUCCAAACCAGGAUUUUGUUUCAACCAACCAUUUCAGUAUAUAGAGCCACAGUCACAGAGUACUCAACUGGUUGGUUGAAACAAAAUCCUGGUUUGGAUUUUUACUUUCUGGACCUGAAAUGUCCACCUCUGGGAAAACGAUCAACAUGUGGCUGCCAUUUAUGCACAGGACUGUUUUAUAGGCAGGGAGUCUGCUCAUAUAAGCAGGUGCCUGUUUACGUGGACGAGACGCCGAUGUGAUGUGGUAGAGACAGAAUUUUACAUUUUAAUGUACAAUCGCUUGUAAAGCUGUGAAAGAAGCAGGGGAGUCGUGUGUAUAUUUGACUGUAAACUGACUCGACAGAAAACAAGGCUGGAUCUCUGAACAACUGCAUUUGUAUGUAUGUGUAAUAAUGACUUUUUGUACUUCCGGUAGAAAGAGCAUCUGAAAAUAUUUUCUCAACUUAUUAAAACUGGCUAUUUAAUAAGUAAA